UUUUUUCUUUUUUCUUUUUCCUCCCGUCCGUUCGUCCGCGUUCCCCCUUUCCUUUUCUCAACCCCACUUUCGGCUGCCUGCCUGCUGCGUGCGUGCGUGCGUGUCUGCUUCCCGCAUUUAUUUACUAUUUUGCCAUUGUAACUGGGGGGAGAAGAGCCGUGCGAUCUUUUCUACCGUCUCUCUCCCCCCCCCCCACCACCACCCUUUCCACCCAAAGCGUUAAAUUAAACUGAACGAAAGGACCGGCAAAAGGAGAGCGGGGGAGAACCCAACAAGAGAGCGAGAGAGAGAGAGAGAGAGAGAGACGGGAAAAAUUAAAAGAAAACCACCACCGUCGCCGAUUACAACGCGCUCCCUUCUCCUCCGGAGCAACUUCCAAACCAAGAAAACCAGAAUUAACUUUGAACUGCGAGAGAAAAAGGCUGGAGGGGGGAGAGCAAAUAGACUACAAAUAAAAGUGGAAGCCCCCCUCCCUUUCUCUUUAGACCGCCACAGCUCGCUUCGGCUCCCAACGACAGGCGCAACCGGCCGGAAAAGCGGAUCCGGCGGCCACAGCAAGCGACGGGGGGCCGCGCGAUUUGGCCACGGUGUCCCUUAGAUAUGGCAAUGGUAGUGGGCGCCUGGCGAGACCCGCAGGACGAUGUGACCGGCCCGCAAGGAACGCAGCCUUCGCAAGCUCCCCCGGUGCCGGGAGCUCCUACCGGCGCCCCCCAUACCCCACAGACGCCCGGCCAAGGAGGGCCCCCGAGCACACCGGCUCAAACCAACCCGGGCAGCCAGCAAAACCAAGGGGAGAAACAACAGCAGCAGCAGCACAUCGAAUGCGUGGUGUGCGGGGACAAAUCCAGCGGCAAACACUACGGGCAAUUUACGUGCGAAGGCUGCAAGAGUUUCUUCAAGCGGAGCGUCCGGAGGAACCUUAGCUACACGUGCCGCGCCAACCGGAACUGCCCCAUUGACCAACAUCACCGCAACCAAUGCCAAUAUUGUCGCCUCAAGAAAUGCCUGAAGGUUGGCAUGAGACGGGAAGUUUCUUUUUUAUUCACGGCAGCCGUCCAGAGGGGCAGAAUGCCACCUACACAGCCGACCCACGGCCAGUUCGCCUUAACCAACGGGGACCCCCUGAACUGUCAUUCGUACCUCUCCGGAUAUAUUUCCCUCUUGCUGCGCGCAGAGCCUUACCCGACCUCUCGCUUCGGCAGCCAGUGCAUGCAGCCGAACAACAUUAUGGGCAUCGAGAACAUUUGUGAGUUGGCCGCCCGGAUGCUUUUUAGCGCGGUGGAAUGGGCUCGGAACAUUCCUUUCUUCCCCGACCUCCAGAUCACCGACCAGGUGGCUCUACUGAGGCUCACCUGGAGCGAGUUGUUCGUCCUCAACGCUGCCCAGUGCUCCAUGCCUCUCCACGUCGCCCCGCUCUUAGCCGCCGCCGGCCUCCACGCGUCGCCCAUGUCCGCCGACCGCGUGGUCGCCUUUAUGGACCACAUACGCAUUUUCCAGGAGCAGGUGGAGAAGCUGAAAGCCCUACACGUGGACUCGGCGGAAUACAGCUGCUUGAAGGCGAUUGUCCUCUUCACCUCAGAUGCGUGUGGUCUAUCCGACGUAGCGCACGUUGAAAGUUUACAGGAGAAGUCUCAGUGCGCCUUGGAAGAAUACGUCAGGAGCCAGUAUCCAAACCAGCCCACCCGUUUUGGGAAACUGUUGUUACGCCUCCCCUCUCUUCGCACCGUCUCUUCCUCGGUCAUAGAGCAAUUGUUUUUCGUCCGUUUGGUAGGUAAAACCCCCAUAGAAACCCUUAUCAGAGAUAUGCUACUGUCUGGAAGCAGUUUUAACUGGCCGUAUAUGGCCAUCCAAUAAGAGAAAAAGGGGAGAGAAAAAAAAUAUGUUGGAGAGAGGAGGAGGAGGAGGAAAAAAAUAAUAAUAAUUCCACAAAUCAGAGAAUUGGACAAAAGCAAAACAAAACACACACACACACACACACACACACACACAAUGGAAAAAAAAUUGGAACAGAGGAAUCGCGAGUGACAUUUGGGUCUGGCGGUUGUGUAAACGUCCUUUCCUUUCCGUUAAGCAAGGAUGUCACAUCUAAAAGAAGAGAGGAGAAUAAUUUGAAUGGACUAUGGAUUUUUUUUUUUUAACAAAAGAGAGACUUGUUCAAUGGACUUUUUACACAAUGCAUUAAAAUUCCCUUGUCUUUCACGAGUUACUAUUUCUCUCUUUUUCUCUCUUUCGCUUGAAAAAAAACUUUCUUUCUUUCUUUCUUUUUUGAGGGGGUGUUAAAACUUUGAAAUGCAACCUCUCACUAAAAGUGCAUUUUUUAAAAAACAAGCAAACCUGUAGAAAAUUAACAUAUUGGGGAAAGUUCCUCUUUCUUCCUGUCUAUUUCUCUCUCUGUUUCUGUCUCUCCUCUAUUGCCCCCCUCUCAUCCUCUCUCUCUCUCUCUCUCUCUCUCUCUCUCCAAAUUAUUGAUUUGUCCAACAUUGUCUGUGUACCUAUAGGAUUUUGUUUUGGGUUGUUUUUUUUAAAAAGAAAUCCUGGUUCCAAACCAGUUUAUUCUGUGGUUCUAUAAUAAUUUUGAUAUAAUCUUGGUUUCAUUUUUCUUUUCUUUUUUUUUAAAGAACUGUGUAUCCUUUAAAAAGUAUAUGUUCUGAAAGAAUUAAAACUGUCUUGGAAAGGUUUCUGAGAAGAACAUAAAAUUGGGAAUAAAGACACCCCCCACCCCAAAAUAAUUCUAGAAAGAUGGAAGCGCACUUAAAUCCGGUCAGCCAAAAAUUUAGCUUCAAGCUACAACUACUAUAAUUAUAGCUUUUUUUAUUAUUAUAAAAGUGAACCACGAUCAACCUGCCUGUACCCCGUCUGAGGGGAGAUGUAUGUGUAUAUGUAUAUGUGUGUGUGUGUGUGUGUGUUAUGUAAAUACAAUGCACACACAUAUAUACACACAAAAACACAUAAAUGCAUAUAUGGCAAAAUAUGGAUUUUGGAAGGGAAUUGGGUAUUUUUUUGAAGGCAGAUUGUGUCCAAGACACAAGAUGGUUUUGGUAAAAAAAAAAACAUGCAUACAUAUAUGUACACAGAAAAUCACAGAGAGACUCAUCACAAAGUUAACUUUUUUGUAAUUUGAAUGAAAUUGGGUUCCGCCUAGUUGUCCGAGUUCCUCUAUCUGUUUGUAUAUUUGCAAGCUCUUUGUAUUAUAAUACUUGUUGAUAUUUUCCCUUUUUUUAAAGAAAAAGAAAAAAAACCCAUUGAAUUCAGCAUGACAAAAAAAA